AUGCGCUUCUUACCAACAAUUGCUGCCUUAAGUGGCAUCGCAUAUGCUUCUACAGACCCGACGUCUAAUCCAUUUGACGUGUUUAAAGGCAGCUCGCUGAAUGCAUCCGAUGCCGUCACGGUCGACUUGGGCUACGAGAUUUAUCAAGGUGCUAGCAAUGCAACCACAGGAUUGAAUGUGUUUCAAGGCAUUCGAUACGCUGCAGCCCCUGUUGGGUCUUUGAGAUGGCAAGAGCCACAAACACCAGUGACAAACCGUAACUCAGUAAUUGCAGCCACAUCGUAUGCUCCUUCCUGUCCACAAAGCCCAGCAAGCAAUGGAUAUGGCAUCAGCCUGUUGCCUAGCAGCGAAGACUGUCUUUUCCUGAAUGUAUAUGCGCCUUCUAAUGCUUCAAACCUGCCCGUCUUAGUCUGGAUCCACGGUGGAGGAUACGGCGUUGGCGAUGGUGCUGUGGAUUUCUCUUCCAUCAUCAAUGCGAAUAACGAUGGUUUCAUUGGAAUCUCAAUCCAGUAUCGUCUUGGUGCUUUCGGAUUUCUUUCCUCGGACGAAGUGUUCCGAAACGGAAUUGUCAAUGGGGGUUUGCUCGACCAGCAAUUAGCUCUCAAGUGGGUUCAGGCAUAUAUCCACCUCUUUGGUGGAGAUCCCACUCAGGUCACCAUUUCUGGUGUCUCAGCUGGGGCAGGAUCCGUUAUGCUACACGAUAUCGCGUACGGCGGAUCCUUGGGGACAUCGCUCUUCACGAAUUCAAUUUCUGCUUCACCAUUCCUACCUCAGCAACACGGAUACAAAGACUGGAUCCCCACUCAAUCCUACUAUGCUUUUGCCACGGCAGCUGGUUGUCCACCAACUUGGGCCUAUGGUAACUCAUCACAGACGAUAUUUGAGUGUCUCAUUUCUAAGGACACAGACAUUCUGCAGAAGGCUUCAGCUGUGAUCUCCAGUUCCGGUAUUACUGGAAAUUGGGCAUUUUACCCAGUAACUGAUGGUACGCUGCUGCAGUCUACACCAAGCCAAGCUCUACAGGAGGGCCAUGUCAACGGCCUCGCUCAUCUAUCUGGCAACAACGCCGAAGAAGGCAUAUACUUCGUAGCGCAAAACAUAACUACUCAAGAGGGCUUGGUAAAUUGGGUCAAACUAUCCUUUCCCCUCAUUACCGACAACGACAUUGCCAAACUGCUAGAAAAGUACUCUACUGACAACUACACUGGACCUAAUACCCUUCCUCGUUUUGCGACCGCUGGUGAUACGGGGCUCACAGCCGUCAACGUUAGUCAAAUAACCAGCGGCCAACAACAGCGAGCAAAUAAUAUCUAUGCCGAGUCAACUUUCGUGUGCCCAUCAUAUUGGCUCGCCGACGCAUACAGCAGCAACGGGAAAAGCGGCUACAAAUAUCAAUACUCUGUUCCCAACGCAGCGCAUGGUGCAGAUACACCUGCUUACUUCGGUCCGCCUACACCUAAUCUUGGUCCUGACUUCGUGCUGGCUGUGCAGCAUAUUUGGGGCAACUUCAUCAUCAAUGGAAAUCCUUCAAUUCCAGUCGAGAUUGCCCGUGGUUCCAGAUCAAAUGCAACAUCAUCUCCUGCGGACGAAUUAGCAAAUUGGCCUCAGUUCACGCUCGAAGACCCGAAAAUGGUGAAUCUGAAUGAGACUGGAGGGACAGAGUAUCAGAUUGAUUAUACGAACUUUGGGUUUCCUGGGGUCAUCGUCAUACAGCAUAUCGAUCCUGGCUUACAGAACAACCUGCGAGUGGUUGAUGCCAAUGCAUGGGAGGGAGGACGCGGUUCCAGGUGUAACUUCUGGAGAGACAAUGCGGUUUCCAAUCUAAGAUAA